AGUUCGCACACUGCUCACUACGUAAUGUGCCGUGCUGCUUAUGGCGGCGCUGGUGACAGUGCUGAAAGCUGUUGGGUAUGAAGUGAAACCGAAUUGAAUUUUGUACCAUCUGAAACCUACUUCAAGUUCAGAUCAUCGAUCGGUCAGAAGAAACGUCAAGGAAAAAGAAAACAUACAAACAUCCCUAAAACGACCCAACGGUACAACAACUUUGAAGAAGAGACGAAGACCAAGACGAAGAACUGCACUGCUACAAACGAGAAAAUCUUAAGCAACACGAAGCAACCAAAUGAGCAAACCAAAGAUUUAAGAAACAGAACCAGGCCGCAACAAGCGUAGCAACCAUCAACGUUAACAGCGAAGGCGAGACCUGAUCUGAGACAAGAAGUUUGUGCCUACUCAACAGCUUUGAAAAAGCACACGUCCCAACGCUGCACCAAGCCCUCCUCAUCCUCCCCGCACCUCUUCCUCCUCUGGGGUGCGGAGAGGGCUGCUGUCUGCUAGUCUUUUCAGUUUUGAGCUUUUUCUUUGUCAUUUGUAGACCGAAUCCCACCUCUUAAUUUCAGUUUUCCCCCAUUUUGCUCAGUCUUUCUCUUGUAUUUCUGUUCACUUUUUUUUCCCCUCAAAAGCAGUGUUCAUAGACCUGCGUUUGCCUUUUUAUUUGACUUUUUUUGCCAUUUAUUUUUGCAACUUUUUAUAAUUAGAACGUGUGCCAGAGAGCUGAACCUUACAAGUGUGUGUGCAUGCGCGUGUGUGAGCAGAGUCUGAAGCAUCGAUUGAUUGAUUGAUCAUUACAGCCUUCCAAGACAACAGAACAAGUAUCCCGCCACCCACUACCUUCACUUGAAGAUGGAGGCCUCUAAUCCCUCUCUUGCCACCCCCUCCACCUCAAGCCAACCAAUCCCUCGCUCGGCCUCAGUCUCGUGCCAUACAUCUCGCUCAUCAGGGGGUAAAAAGCAAAAGCGCACCCCUUUAUAUCAGCGAUCUAUGAGUUUUGACCCCAGUCUGCUGCAUAAUAAUGGCCAUAGUGGCUUUGCCAAUGGAACUAGUAUGGGAAUUCGUGAGACUGGAGUAGUUGAAAAACUGCUCACAUCUUAUGGCUUCAUUCAAUGUUCUGAGAGACAGGCCCGUCUCUUCUUCCACUGCUCUCAAUAUAACGGCAACCUGCAGGAGCUUAAAAUCGGAGAUGAUGUGGAGUUCGAGGUGUCAUCUGAUAGGCGCACUGGCAAACCAAUUGCAGUGAAGCUGGUAAAAAUCAAGGCAGAAAUGUUGCCAGAAGAGCGAAUUUCUGGGCAGGUGGGGCCUGACUUGCACGCCUCUCCUUUAACUGUGCUGCAUGGUUUUAUUCAUCCAGUAGUGUCGGCUAUCCCUUCUCAUCUGGAUGGGAAGUCUCCACCUGGCCAAUUGCCCACAGGCAGUGUGUGUUAUGAGAGAAACGGGGAAGUGUUUUAUUUGACCUACACCCUAGAAGAUGUGGAAGGAAACGUUUCUUUAGAUAUUGGAGAUAAAGUUAGUUUUUACAUGGAGACCAACAAGCAUACUGGUGCUGUUAGUGCUCACAACAUUGUUUUGGUGCAGAAAAAAGAAUCGAGAUGUCAGGGAGUGGUUUGUGCUACCAAGGAGGCCUUUGGAUUCAUUGAGCGAGGGGAUGUUGUGAAGGAAAUCUUUUUCCACUACAGUGAGUUUAAAGGAGACCUGGAGGCUUUACAAGCUGGAGACGAUGUGGAAUUCACCAUUAAAGAAAGAAACGGAAAGGAAGUGGCCACAGAUGUGAGACUGUUGCCUCAGGGCACUGUUAUAUUUGAGGACAUUAGCAUUGAGACCUUCGAGGGCACUGUCAGUAAGGUUAUUCCCAAGGUCCCCACAAAGAAUCAGAAUGACCCUCUUCCUGGGAGAAUCAGUGCCAGAAUCAAUUUUACUGACAAAGAGCUGCUAUUUGGGGAGAAGGACACCAAGUCCAAAGUGACGCUGCUUGAGGGCGACCAUGUCCAGUUCAAUAUAUCCACUGACCGUCGCGACAAACUGGAGAGAGCAACAAAUAUUGACAUCCUCCCUGACACUUUCCAUUUCACCAAGGAGACCCGCGAAAUGGGUGUGAUAGCUGCCAUGCGUGAUGGUUUUGGCUUCAUCAAAUGUGUAGACCGUGAUGCUCGAAUGUUCUUCCAUUUCAGUGAGGUUCUGGAAGAGAGCCAACUGCACAUUUCUGAUGAAGUGGAAUUCACUGUUGUCCCUUUUUUUAACAGGCCCUCUUGCCUCCAUCAGGACAUGCUGUCAGCGCAAAGGAACCAUGCUGUGCGGAUCAAAAAGCUGCCCAAGGGCACAGUGUCUUUCCACACUCAAUCUGAGCUGCGUUUUAUGGGAGUGGUGGAGAAAGAAGCCAUACCUGCUAUCACCAUCAAGAACUCCAGCCCCAGCAAGGGCAAAGAGAAGGGUAAAGUUGAAAAGGAUGCUGAGGAAGGCUUGAUUGCAUAUGAAGAUGUUGGAGUAAAGACCACUCUUCCCUACCAUAUUAAAGACCUGGAAGGAGGUGUUUAUCCACAGCUUGGAGACAAGGUGGAGUUCUCCAUCAGUGAAGUGAAACGCACUGGACAGCAAAGUGCUGUGUCCUUCAAGAUCCUUAACCGCGCUGUUGGCUCCAAGAGGCUGCUGGGAUACAUAGCAACUCUAAAGGAUAACUUUGGCUUCAUAGAAACAGCCAAUCACGAUCAGGAGAUCUUCUUCCAUUACAGUGAGGUUUGUGGAGAUGUGGAUAACUUUGAUCUUGGCGAUACGGUGGAGUACACUCUCUCCAAGGGCAAAGGAAAUAAAAUCAGUGCUGAGAAGGUCACCAAAAUUGCAGCUGUGAAUGGAGUUGGAGAGGAUGUGAGCAGUACAGUGUCCCUGGGGAAGGUGGUUCGGCCUCUGCGCAGUGUGGACCCAUCUCAGACUGAAUAUCAAGGCCUUAUCGAGAUCACAGAGGAUGGGUCCAAUAAGGGACAGAGUUAUCCAUUCGGCAUCGUUGGUAUGGCCAAUAAAGGCGACUGUUUACAAAAGGGCGAGAUGGUGAAGUUUCAGUUGUGUACGGUGGCACAGACAGGACAAAAGAUGGCCUGCAACAUCAUGCCUCAGCGCAGAGCCCUGGUGGAGUGUGUUAAAGAUCAGUUUGGUUUCAUCACGUAUGAAGUUGGAGAAAGCAAGAAGUUAUUUUUCCAUGUCAAGGAGGUGCAGGACGGUCUGGAGCUGCAGGCUGGUGAUGAAGUGGAGUUUUCGGUUAUUUUGAACCAGCGUACGGGCAAAUGUAGUGCCUGCAAUGUUCGCAGAGUCAGUGAGGGUCCAAAACCAGUAGCAACACCUCGACCUGACAGACUUGUCAAUCGUUUGAAGAGCAUCACUCUGGAUGACUCCAACGCUCCUCGUCUCGUCAUCAUUAGACAGCCUCGUGGCCCUGAUAAUUCAAAGGGCUUCAGUGUAGAGAGAAAAUCCCGCCAGCCUGGUGUAAUUGACUGAGUACUGUUCACCCCUUUUGUCCUUGCCAUAGAAGGAACACCUUGAAGAAAAGCAAUCAGAUGGUCAGAGGAAGGGAUUUGUGCGUGUUCGUCUCGCUUGCAUUUUCUCUCUCUCACCCAUAAACCCAUCACAGAGUUGCAAACGCAUCAAGACUUGAAAAUUAGCACUCACAAGUCCCUUCCUUUAUCAAAGGAUCCUGUGUAAAAAAAGAAAAAAAAAUCAUCUCAUGAUCUUCACUGUAUGCGUGUUGUUUGGUUGUAAUUUGAGCAAAACCCCUUGUGUUGUAUGAGCGUGUGUGUGUGUGGUAUGCAUCACGUUUGGAGAAUAAAAUUGUAAGGUUGUUCUUGUUAUGCAGAGGAUAUGAGGGGAAGUAAGGGGUUUGGAGUAUUCGCAUCUUUUUGGAUUGAGAUGUGAAGACUCAAGACCCGUUUUUUUUUUUUUUUUUUUUCCCUGCUGAAAUCAAAAUGCCAGGAAUUCUGCACGUGCUGCUGUGUGUGAGUGAGGUCUUGUUUUAAAGUAGCUCUGUCUGUAUUUUGACUUCCGUUAUAUAUACUUUAUUUUUCCUGUAUCACUUGAAUUCCUCUCCCAAUGUUCAGUUUCUCACCCUGGUGAUUUUGCUGGGCUUUUUCUGGUGAGAAAUAAAAUGACUUUUAAUGUUCUCUCGAGUUUUCCAUACCAAUACCAUCAAAUAGCUUUUAACAUGGAUCUAAAAACUAAAUAAAUUGUCUUGCUGCAUUCGUUAUUCUCUUGUGUAUUGUUUUUUUUUGAUUGCCUUUUGAAUUAUUUUCCAAUAAAAUUGGCUUUUUCAUUUUUUUUUUUUUUAUAUAUAUUGCUGUCUUGAUUUCACAAGUUUUUUGGGGGCAAGUGCAGAAUUCCUAUUGGCAUCUUGUAGCCUGCGGUCUUUUUAUAUAGCUUUUUCUUUUUUCUUUGCACAUGUUUCUUUUCUUUGAGUUAUACUUUAACUCAGUGUCUGCUAAUGAAUAAAGGAAAAAGGUGCCUAAAAACAAAACAUAAAAAAAAGAAUUGGUGUCUCCUCUAUCCCUAAACUGCCACCAAAAUAUGAGCAAGUAGGGUGGCCUUUUUUUUUUUUUUUCUCCAAGUAGAAAAUACUGGCGUGCAUCCCCCGAUCCCUAUGGGUUGAAAUGUACUCUAUGUAAUGUGUGCUUUUUACUUGGGUGGAAUUUUUGAAAACCUGAAUAAAAUGGGCAAAUGUGUGCAGCACUUGGGGGGUGUGUAAUCUGAAAAACUCAAAAACAUGCAGAGAAACUUGAUUAAAUGGAUAGAGGCUAUUUGCAGUGCUUCUUAUGACAAAUGGAGCUAUUGCUGUCAUGAAUAUUCUCUGGAGCACCCUGGGUUUGUGUUGAACCUUAAGGUUCUCCUAUAUACUUUUGUUAAUGGUCUUGAAUGAAACAAUUGAAAUAAACAUUUUAUGAAAAUCAAA